UUUGGAACUGGUCCCGCCGCGCAACAGCAAGACCGGCCGACCCCACAUCACUUGUACACACACAUCGCUAUCACUGCAUCCUCGCGUUCCGUACGCGCCGCAAACGCCCCACCCACUCCGGACUUGGCCGUGCUGGAAGGGCAUCUUCACCUUCCGUGACUACCGUGACAUCGCGCCACCAAGUCCUCAACUCGGCGUUCGCCCACUCCUCAUCAUCGCCUCUCUCCAACCACUCGGGUCCACGCUCCCUCAGCGUGAUCACCCAUCAUGCAGCUCGGGCGCUACUCUGUCUCGACGCUCCGUCCCGCGCCCAUCCUCGGCAUCGCAUUCGCGCACGACGGCAAGGUGUUCGCUGUUGCCACCGAGACCGGCUAUGAGGUCUGGCGCACGUUUCCGCUCGGCCUGCUGCGGCGCAGAUCUUUACCGGGCAUGCUUGCACGCGCUGUCCCGCUGCCCGGCUCGCCGCUGCUCGUGCUCCAAGGUGGCGGGUCGGACCCGCUCUUCCCGCCCAACAAGGUGGUGCUGUAUCAUGACGCGCGCGGGGUCCCCGUCGCAGACCUCGAGUUCAGCGAGCGCGUGCGUGGCGUGGCCGUGCGGCAUCGUACGGUCGUGGUGGUGCUGCUCCGGCGCGCAAUCGCGUACGAGUUCUCCCAAGGCGGCGGGUUCAAGCUUUCCAAGCUCGGCGAGUGGGAGACAGCCGAGAACGAGACCGGCCUCGUUGCGAUCGCUACCGCGCCCGGCGCCACCCUUCUUGCGCUCCCGGGCCGCCAAGCGGGGCAUGUACAGCUGAUAACCCUACCCCCGUGUGCCGGGGCCAGUGCGCCUCCGGCUUCAUACCGUUCUCCCUUCCUGCUUGCGCACACCCAUCCCCUAUCGGCGCUGGCGUGCUCGGCGACCGGCGCGCACCUUAUCACCGCGAGUGAGCGGGGCACGCUCGUGCGGGUGUGGGAUACGGCGCGGGGCGCGCAGGACGGCGAGUUCCGCCGCGGCGUCGACCGUGCCGAGAUCUGGGGACUGCAGUUCGAGGACGGUAUCGACCCACGUCCGCUCGAGGGUGACCGCCGCCGCGACGCGCUUCGUCGUAAAGGUGGACGGGUUGUCGGCUGGAGCGACAAGGGAACCGUGCACGUCUGGGCUGGCGGCGAUGCACCCGCCAAGCCCAAGUUGCCUCCAACGAUCGGCAGCGUUGUCGGCAAGGCGCUGUCUCUAUCAAAGACACUGCCUAAUUACUUCUCGUCCGCGCCCAGCAUAGCGCAGUACUACCUCCCGCGCAAGAACCCGCACGCCUUUGCAAGCACAAUUGGAAGCGCGGUCGAUGCGGCCGGCCUGCCGAGCAUGAAGCUCAACGAGGACGGCGACAAGGAGCCCGAAGAACGCGAGUGGGCUGAACGCUACGUCGUGAUCUGGAUCGAGGUCGACGUCGAGGAUGACGAGGAUGAGACGCCUCCUCCGGCAAGUGGCGGCGCGCCGAUGCCCUUCCGGCCCAAGCGUCCCGCGUUGACCAUGGGCUCUCGCGAGGAGCGUCGCUCCUUCGGAUCGGAGGGCACCAGCACCCGCACGGCGACGCCGCGUGCAGGCCGCCCUGCCACACCAACAGUUGCGACAGUCAGCAGCGCCCUCGCCCUCGAGCGCCGCUCGUCGACCGGGAGUACCCGCCGGUCGAGUGCCUCCACGCCCCAGGCGGGGCUGAGCCGCGCCUCCCCCGUCCCGCCGAUGCGCCGGCGCAAGGCUAGCACCGACUCUCACUCGACUGUCGUUCAGCGCCGCACGCACCGCGAGCGGCAGCUGGUUGUGGUUACUCACUCGGGCGACUGGUACCGCCUGCGUUUGCCGCGCAGCACGGAUGACCCAGACGCAAGCACGAAAGCUGAGCUCGUAGAAUACCGCCGUCUCGGUGUUGGAGGUGGUGGCUGGUAGACAUAGUUAGUUUCACUUCUGCUUUCAUACUGUUGUACGCUGUUACAUGCAUAUUUGUUGUGC